UCCUCGGUGUCGGAAGCAAUGACAUGGAUUACAUGGUUCUGCUCAGGCAUCGGCCACGAAUACUUUGCCGAAGUCCCCGAAGAGUUCAUCGAAGACGACUUCAACCUCACCGGUCUCAGCAGCCUUGUGCCAUACUACAAAGAAGCACUCGAAAUGAUCCUCGAUAUCGAACCUGAUGAUGCGGAUUCCAACUUGCCGGAUAUCUCGAUGGUGGAGGCGAGUGCAGAGUUGCUUUAUGGGUUGAUUCAUCAGAGAUACAUUAUUGGGAGACAUGGGCUGCAACAGAUGUCGGAGAAGUUUGAGGAGGGAGCGUUUGGGUUGUGUCCGCGCCAUUUGUGCAAUGGUCAGCCUGUCGUUCCAUGUGGGCGUACCGAUGCGGUGAAUGCGGAUACCGUCAAGUUGUUCUGUCCGUCGUGUUUGGACAUCUACGUCCCUCCCAACAGCCGCUUCCAAAAAGUCGAUGGAGCCUUCUUCGGUACGACCUUCCCGCACCUUUUCUUCCAAACCUACCCGGACUACAUCCCCUCCAUGACCUCCGAAACAUCACAAAUCUACAUCCCCAAAAUCUACGGCUUCCGGGUCUCUGAACGGGCAAAGACUGGGCCGAGGAUGCAGUGGUUGAGGAUGCGGCCGAGUGAUGUGGGAGAGUUGGAGGAGUAUGAC